GUUUGCUGAAGCGCCCCACCUCACCUGCGCUCCAAACUGCGCCAGCCUCAGCAGAAAACCCUGCGUCCUGACGGAGCGCUUCAUAGCGACACAUUGCGAGAAGAGUGACAGCACAGGCGCACUGGAGUCUCACAUGAGACUACAAACCGGCACAUCUCAACAUCUUCUCAACCAGUAGCCUAUCUGACUGGAAGAUUCCGUCUGCUCAAGCAACCGCCAGUACGUGUUUGCACGUGUUCUGCGAAUUCCAUGCGUUUUGAAGCGCUUGAAGAAUAGCCUACAGUUUGUCUAGGUUUUACUUUUCAUAUCGACACCUGUAUGACUGGAGCACAGACUGGCUACGACAAUGGACUCGAACAAUAACAACAACAACAACAACAACACCGGUAAGAAAUACUGAGGAGUAAUCUCUUACAUCGGAUCAUGUGGAGGGUCUCCUAACCGCACCAGCCCAGUAUCCAUGUACAGCGAGAAUUCCAACAGCAGUCUGCAAUCAUUUACACAGCCGUGCUUCGGGUCAUCUUUCCCAUCUUCACCUAAUGGUUCCCAUGAUUCUUCACGUAUGUACACCAGCAGCAGUAGCUCCAGCAGUUCAGCAUGUGGUGAAGACGGCAGCUCAUCAAGUUCAGGAGGAUCCCCAAGGGGGCGUGAUGAAAGCAACAUCACAUACAACUCACCAAACAAAUCAGUUGCUACUCUUACAAAGCUAAAUGGAAUGGUUUUACUCUGCAAAGUCUGUGGAGAUGUGGCAUCAGGCUUUCAUUAUGGUGUCCAUGCCUGUGAAGGCUGCAAGGGGUUCUUCCGUCGGAGCAUCCAGCAGAACAUCCAGUACAAAAAGUGCCUGAAGAAUGAAACCUGUACUAUUAUGAGGAUCAACCGCAAUCGGUGUCAGCAGUGCCGUUUCAAGAAGUGUUUGUCUGUUGGCAUGUCUCGUGAUGCUGUCCGUUUUGGUCGCAUCCCGAAACGUGAAAAACAGCGCAUGCUAGCUGAGAUGCAGAGCGCCAUGAAUAACAUGGUGAACAACCAGCUACAGAAUGAAUUCCAACUGGCUAGUCUCAAGACCAGCACCUCAUUCUCUUCAUCAUCCUCAUCUUCCUCAUCUCCCUGCCCAGGUCUGACAGUGGCUUCUCAGCCCCAGCCUUCUGCUGUGCCUCUAGCUCCUUCCCCUUCUCCACCAGCUCCAGCAUCGCCUACUGCUCAAACUGCUCAGAGCCCUCCUCGGAUUGCCACCUCACCACCACUGUGCCCUAGUCCUGGCCUGGACAGUACCAUCACUGCCAUUACCAAAGCUCAUCGUGAGACCUUUGUCUAUGCUCACGAUAAGCUAAGUGCAGCACUACAGCCCCAAAAUGGGGUUGAUCUGGAUGGCCACAACAGUAAUUACUUUGCAUCUGGCUACAAUAUGAAUGGCCACAAUUCAAUAUAUCAGUCUAAUGCAGCUCUACAGUGCAGUGGCUUCAAUCCUGAUAACCAACAACACCUUCAAUCCUCACCAGUCUCCAACCAGCAACAUCAGAGGCUGCCACACCAAAACAAUGGGCAACACAUCCCAAACAGCAGCUGGUAUGGAGCUCAGCAGGGUAAUGGGAACAGCAACAAUAUCCCGCAAAGCUGCCCAUGGAAGAACCGCAAGGACAUUUUGCUGGCUUGUCCAAUGAACAUGCAUCCUCAGGCAGAUCCUAACAAGACACCACAAGAGAUUUGGGAAGAUUUCUCCCUGAGCUUCACACCAGCUGUGCGUGAGGUGGUGGAGUUUGCCAAGCAUAUCCCAGGUUUCAGCUCUCUAUCCCAGAACGAUCAGAUCACCUUGCUGAAAGCUGGCACCUUUGAGGUGCUGAUGGUACGUUUUGCAUCCUUGUUUAAUGUCAUGGAGAAGACCGUCACGUUUAUUUCUGGCACCACCUACAGCCUAGAAGCUUUGAAGAGCAUGGGAAUGGGAGCCCUGUUGGGAACCAUGUUUGACUUUAGUGAGAAACUCAGUGCACUUGAGCUCUCCGCAGAGGAGCUGGGUCUUUUUACUGCUGUGGUGCUGGUUUCUACAGAUCGCGCUGGUUUAGAAAAUGUAAAGUCGGUGGAGAUGCUCCAGGACAGCCUGAUUAAAGCCCUUCGUACAUUGGUCAGCAAGAGCGCCCCUGGUGAUGUCUCUCGUUUCACCAAGCUGCUGCUCAAACUUCCAGAUCUGCGCACCCUUAACAACAUGCACUCUGAGAAGCUUCUCUCCUUCCGCAUUGAUGCAUGAGAAGCCUUUGGCAGCUGUUACUACAAGCCAGCUGAGUCUAUGGGAGUGGAUACUGGAGGGUUUAACUGAAGGCUUUACAGAUUUACCAUUGCUGCUCCACCAGCAUAUGCUUGGCUCUGAUGGUGCUCAAAAACUUUAACAAUGAUUACAGGUUUGAAGGGACACACAAGCACUAAGUGCAUCAGAACGGUGACAUGACUAUAUUUUUUUCCCAAGUUUCUCUGUAUCACAUCAAAUUUAAAUCGAGGUACUGUGACCAAUGACCGUGAUAUUUUAAAUUCUUAAACUGAAGGACACAAUAUGGCAUGGACUCAAAGGCCCAAUGUACACCUUGCAUUAACAUGAAAUCGACUGGUAACAUUGCCACAUCACAGCUCCAGCGUCCCCAGUUCGAUCCAGAGCUCAGUUUACUGUCUGUAUGGAGUUACAUGUUCUCCCAAUGUCCAUGUGGGUUUCAAACUGGCAGGAUCAUUGACUCUUCUAAAUUCCCCCUAGGUGUGUGUGUGUGUGUGUGUACAUGGUACCCUGCAAUAGACUGACAUCCUACCCAGGGAGUAUUCCCACCUCAUGCCCAGCAUUCUCCAGAUCCACUGACCAGGAUAAAGCAGUUAUUGAAGAUGAAGGAAUUAACAUGCAGUUUGCAUUUGAUUUCACUCUUGUAUUUACCCCUGAUAUUUAUAUACAUAGGAGGGUUAAAUGAUUAUGCCAGGUUCUUAGCUGUUUAGAAAAAAAAUUAUGCAUCGUAGUACUUUUCUUCCUAAUACCUAAUACCAGCCUGAUGCAAACACACUGUAUACACUGUUUACACCUACCUGACAUCUGAUUACAGUGAGAGCCAGGCUCUGGAUCUCUGGUGGUGGCAUGGCUGAUCCACAUGUUAAUGCAAGGGAUAAAUAGAGCCAAAGCUUCACACAAUCUUGGACCUACAGUCUGCUGGAGUUCAGUCCAUGGGAAUCAUAACCAGAGAUCUGGGAUGAAUAAGGAUAAAGGCAGACAGAACAGUACUUUAUUAUUGCAGUCUGAAUUGGGUUCCUCAAAGAGGUUACAAUAUACAUCACAUCCCACAUUUAAAGAAUGCACCCGAUCAGUAUUGCAAAGGAAAAAACAAGUCAUGUGAGGGAUCUCAUCCCACCUGUUUAAUUCCCUGACACUUUGUAAAAAUGUGUAAAUAUAAAUCUAUACUUACUUGAAAUGUUCCAAAAUGUAUAUAUUCUAUACAUAAAUAUAUUUUUUUGUAAAGUGUAAUUGCUCAGUGAAAAACUAUAUAUGACAAAUGUAGAAGAUGUCCAGUGUAGUCAGAUCUCAUUUACAGCAUAAAUACUUACUCUUAAACAUGUUUGUGUAUGUUUUGUCUUCUUUGAUUACACUAUAUAACACAGUGUUUGUUCCUGGGCAGUAAGUGUUAUUUUCUAAUUGCUUAUGCCUCAAAAUUAUUUAAUUUCCCACCCUGACUUUAUGUGAAGGAAAAGACGUAAAUUCAUCCAUUUGCUCAAUGAAAACAGAUAAAUUCCAAAAUACGAAAGCCCUGGUCACAAAAGCAAAGUGUGAGAUGAAUAAUAGCCAUUUUCUAUACUUUUGCAGUAAAAGCAAUUAGGAAAUAACUCAUACGACCCAGGAACAAAAUAAAAUGAAAAAUUUGUUACAUAGUGUUUUUAACAUUUUGAAAAAGUUAACCCCUUGUAUCAGAAGGGCUAAAAACAACUGGGUCCUUGUCGCUUCUUUUCCAAAUAUAUUAAUGCUGCCUUAAUGUGCUCAUAAGAUGGUCACAAAUGUGUUAAUGCACUUUUAAUCUAAUAAGCUGCCCUGAUUCAUUUUAGCAUCUUUCUAACAUUUUCUGCUUUUCUAAAAAUGUACUUAAUGUUAGUGA